UUCUAACAAACUAAAAAUAACAUUUUAAAAGAAAAUAAUGGUUAAGCCUCUAUGAAAUAGUAAUAUAAUUUAUAUUAAAUUAAUAUUGGUUGACAGUAUCUUUCAUCAUGUAUGGUAUGACAGACAGCCUCUCAAUGACCCCUCCAAUGUCACCAGAAAGAUUUCCAGUAGAAGAAAUCGUCCAUUCUCCCGACAGUCCUCAACUAGAAGAUGUGCCGUUUUGCCAGUUCAGAUGCCUGGGUAAUGUAAGAAUAAAGGCAGACAAUCACCAUGAAGAUAGUUACUGGAAAUCAGGAUUUCUCAACAGGAUGCUUGAGCCUACCAACAAUGCGCCAACCCCACACCACAAUGGCCGUGUCACCUUGUUUGGCUUCAACUGGUCAAGACAGAUGUCCACUGAUGCGCUCGAUAAACUAUUUUGUAUCCUCCGACAAGAAUUCAGUCUAUUACAAAGGGAAGCAAACAAGGCUGGACUCUCAUUUCAAACAGUCACCACUGGAAGGGAUGGCGAGAAGGUUCGCACCCAGAUAUGUCAAUGCUUGGAUCACAUUCACAGUCUUACUAAAAGGUCGGAUGUGGGGGAGGCAUUGUUACAGGCUGUUAGUAGACACCUGCAUGUUCUACUGUUACAUACUGGCAGGGUAUCAGACCUGCCUAGUCAUCAUUUUCAAAUGCCACACUCCAAUAAGGUUGGAGCAGAGAUUUUCCAUUGUUACCUGGACCUGUACUGGAGGCUGCUGGCCAUUCUUCACACACUGACCACCACUCACUCAGGUAUAGUUAUGCCAGGGAAGUGGUGUAGGGGGCUGGGGUGUGACCUUGACCUCUGUCUGUAUGACCAAAUGCUACAUGUCAUCCUGUGGGACCUAGUCCAUCUCGCCAACAUCAGAUACACCUCUCUGUGUGCUGGAGGUGAGAGGGCAUCCAUGUUCACGUGCACUUGUGUCUGGGAACUCUGGCUUCUUGUGGUUAAACUGACUGAGUGGAGGGCGGAGAAAUGUGGCAGCGAGUCAUUCUGGAUGUGUUUCCAUCAUGUUUUAACCUGCAUUUUAUAUCGGGACAAUACACAGAAGCCCAUGGAAUUGGAAGACUGCCAAGAGCUGGUGAAUCCACCUGAAGCUUUCCAGACCACAGACCCAGUAGGCCUAGGUAUCUGGCUCAUAUACAACAUAGCUCCCUUGUACACUCAGACUCUGACAGGGCAUGGGCAGGUGUUUGAAAGCAGGAACAGUAACUACCAUGACCUGAAGGUGCUGCUCAAGAAAUUGUUGGCCAUGAAGCCAAGCGUGAGUGAGACGGUCCUGCGACGACAUCUCCGUACAAUGGUGCUGCUGACAGCCAACUGGGAGCCAAACACUGCCAUUCUGGUCACCCUCUGGGACAACUUCUACAAAAGGCUGAAUGAGACAUUUCAGAUGUCCAGUGGUCGGGUAGAUGGCCUGGCCUGGAUGGAGAGUUCUGCUGCUGCCCUAUAUGACCGCUGUACACAGAUAGCCACUGGACAAUAUGACAGCCUGGAGCGAGAGACAAGCUUCCAGUUGUUUUUGCGACUGUUGAGUAACCACCUGGGUCGGUUGUACAGAAAUGGAGACACACAGCAGUGGAAACAGUUCAAGGGCAGGAUCUACUCCAAGUUCCAUGCCAAAAGAGUCCAAGAUUUGCUAGAGGGAGGGCUGUAUAAUCUCACGUCCCUCUUUCUCACCCUUGCCAUAACGGCUGACCUACAUGAUGUAGCAUCUAAGCUGGUGGAUUUCUAUGACAUGCUGGACAUCAGCAGUGUGAGUUUUGCGCGUCGGUCAGUUGUGUGGCGCGGAGUCCUGGCCCUCAUGUUAGUUCAUGUCAACGAAAGACUGGACAUCGGCUUCCUGGUUGACCGCAUGGUGCCCUCAUUUGAGGCAGCUGUCAAGGCGUUUUCCGAGGCUGAUACAGACAGCAGACAUUACCUAUGGGGCCUGAUCCUACUGUACAUGGAGGGACUACAGGACGUUGUUGAGACAAGUGCACGCCUCGACCUCUCACAGCACAAACUCAUCUGUCCGGGUAUCAAGCAGCUACUGACAGUGUGUUCUGAACAUGAGCUGAGAACUUGUCUAUCCUGUCUUCAUGCUGUUAUACAGAAAUUCAGAAAUGAGCCAAUUACCAAUCCAGGGCAUGCAAGUGUGACAACAGCUCUACAAUAUGCAGAUUUCAGCAGCGCUCUGUGGCGUUUUGUGUACAGUUUUGUGAUGGAUCAUGCCCAGACCAAUACCCCACCCACUGUCAUAGGGGACAUGGCUGCAUCCUUCUGCCUUCUCUCGCUACACAAUUCCUUGGAUGAUUCUACAUCGACAGUUUCAGUGUUCCAGUAUUUCACUUCUUCAGAGAAAGUUAAUGUCAGUGUAAGUGGAAGGUUCUUGAGCCAGCUGUUGGGUAGUGCACCGGUAAUGGAGCAUUUGGAGAACCGGGUUGAUGGGUUGGAUGACUGCCUUGUGGCUGUGUGGGUCCGUCUGGCCAUCCUACUGCCAGGGACAGAUAAUACACUUCAGGAUAUCUCCAGGAGCCUGGUUCAGCUGAAGACGGUGAGGGAGGUGCUGCCAGACCCUGGGGCUGACCUUCAACACGUCCCUGUCAAUUUUUUCAAGGCACUGGAGGCCAGACACGCCAGCCUUGAGUCGUGGCAGGAGAAGAUGGAGUUCCAAAAGCGAGUGUCGGGCUAUUUUGCCGAUGUGGGAAAGCAUGUUUCUCCCCUGCUCAAAUUCCUACAGCCUUGUGAGAGUGUGUACAACAUGUAUCACAUGGUUGGUUGUGUUGUCAAAUACUGUGCUAAGCUCAUAUAUGUUAAGCAAGACGUGAUUCUCCCAAGCCUGCUUGCAAGUAUGAUUGUGCCACUGAAUGUGAUGAGCCCGGACAAGCCACUGAGCCCUGUGUUCCUGAAUGCUGUCAGGGACACACUACAUCUUUACAUACAGGGACUGUCCAAGCUGGCAUAUGACCGGGACCCAUACAUCCAGAGGAGACUGAAGGACAUCAUCACUAUCUACCUACCUAAAUACCCACUGAAGUCCGCUUCCAUGACAACUGCUGUCCAUCCUGUUGUGGGCAGUUUGCGAAACUCUUUCACCCAGCAGCCAGGCAUCGAGGUCCUGAAGUUCCGACGUUACAUCAUGGACCUCAUCCUGUCUCAGUACCUCGCUGUGACUAGCAUGAAGAUCAACCCAUCACAUGCUCUGGGAUUUGCCUUUGUGCAUGAAGUCUUGCAGAGAACUACUUCUUCAGAGGUUAAAGCUGGGGAUCUGGCAGUAAUAUUGAAGCCUUGUCUGGAGUACCUGCUACUGUUGGCCAACACAGACCCUUCCUGGACCCUAGUACUUCAGUGUGUACAGCUGACUAGCCAAGCCUACAACAGCCAUACUGAUUCCAUACCCAUGAACGAGUUGUCCAACGUUACACGCAAGUUUGUUAAUGGAUACUUCAAGUUCUCCAGCACGGGUGUGGUACAGGUCAUUGAGAAGCUGGCUCUGUUAUUACCAGGCGUGACAGCAAGCGUUAUUACCCUCAUCUCGGAGAAGUUAAGGGAGAUGGAGAGGAAACGAGGAGUCGGGGUUGACAACAAACUCAGGAGUCAGUACUAUGAAGUGUUGAAGCUACUGGGCGAGGACGGGAAAGAGGAAAUCAGCAGAUUGGAGGCCCACACAGGGGUUUCCUGAUCAUAAGGAGGACAGAUCUAGGACAUGCUUAUUACAGAACUGGCACUUCCAUCGGAGUCCCAUUCCAGGGUGUCCUGACCAUUCGGAGGACUGUUUGAGGACAAACUUAGCAAAAAACAGACACUUUUUUCUUUGUGAAUAUGGGGAUGUUCUCCUAACAUGAGUCAGAAUAUUAUGACCUCCCAGAUUUGUUGGGGUGAAAGCGGUGGAGUUACAAUGUGUUCAACAAACUGUCAGAAGAAAACUAAAAACUGAAACGAUUUAGGGUGAUUUGUUUAUUAAUUACAAUACCUACUCGUUCACUCCAGACACAUUGUGACAUCUUAUACAGUCAUCGAAAUUAGACUUUUGGAUGAACAAGCCCGAAUUCUUAUACUAUUGCUUCAGCCUUGGCAUCAAAUUUUUUAACAAGCCCUGCUAUAUAAAAUUCAGAAUUUGAGCAAGCCCGAAAGACAUUUUACCAGUGCAGGGCUUGCGGGCUUGUGCUAAUUUCAACCAUUGCUUAUACCAUGCAAAAAUAAUAUUCAGUGUUUGUAAUUCGUGUUAAAACCUUAAGAGUCAGUUAUGAGUGCCUAUGUAGGCAAACUAUUUGAUGGUGUCUAAAAAUUGGACACUUAUGUAGCAUAACAAUACCAUUAUGUGUUCUUUCUUAAUGAAUUUGCUUAUUUAAUGUUAUUCAAGUUAUCAAGUAUCUGUUACAAGUAUGAGAUUGCUACUUAUCAUGAGAAAAACAUAUAAAAUAUUGUUAUAUAAUAUUUACACAUAUAUUUUUAAAACAUAACUGAAUAUGAAUGAACUUAAUCGUUAAAAAACCCA